AUGAAGGCUGGCCGAGUGUGGCAGUAUAUGUCUCUGUUUCCUCCACCUGAUACCCCCAAUUCCUCACACACUGGGAUGGAUUGCAUUACUUAUGAGCUGGACACCCUGGACGUCCCUCCUCUCACCCCGACCAGCAAGGAGGUCCUCAGCCAGGCAGUGAAGGCCAGUUUCGCUGGAUUCACCCAGGAGAGAAUCACCCGUCACUUUCCACAGGAUCCUACCCUGUGGUCUGAGUGGGAGGUGAACCACUGGCUGGACUGGUGCCAGGCGGAGUUCGGACUCCACUGCCUGGGCUCGGACCUGAGAGGCUUGCAGGGCAGUGAGCUGUGUGGUCUGGACCGAGAGGAUUUCCAGAGCUUAACGUCCGACUGCACCGCAAGGGAGAUCCUGUGGGAACAUCUGGAGACCAUGAGGAGAGAUGAUGUUCAGGAGCUUUCAGACACACACUGUUACCAUCUUCAGUAUGAUGCCUCUGAGAGGACAGAGCUCCUCACUCUGGACUCUGUGGCUGCUCAACAUCAAGACUAUCACCUGUUCAAAUCACAGGAUCCCAGCAGGAGCAUGGGCUCUCCCGCUCUGCAUCAGGACACAGGAGGAAACGGAGAGACAGACUCAGAGGUGGAGAUUGGUCAUAGUGACGAUUCUGACAUUGUGGACGCUCUGUCGUGGACCACUCCACUCCAGGAUAUGGACCCGGUCGUGGGAGAGACCAUUUCCGAAGAUGUCUUUACUUUACCACAGACACACAUGAGCUUCAAGGACUAUGUUGGCAACAAAACCGACCUGGGCAGGGCUGUGAUACCAGCAGCCGUCCUCGCUGGUUACACUGGAAGUGGCCCCAUUCAGCUGUGGCAGUUUCUCCUGGAGCUUCUGACAGACCGGAGCUGUCAGUCAUGUAUCAGCUGGACAGGAGACGGGUGGGAGUUCAAGCUGACGGACCCUGAUGAGGUGGCGCUGCUGUGGGGCCGGAGGAAGAACAAACCCAAGAUGAACUAUGAGAAGCUGAGUCGCGGUCUGCGCUACUACUACGACAAACACAUCAUCCGCAAGACGGCGGGUAAGCGCUACGUCUACCGCUUCGUCUGCAACCUGCAAGGCCUGCUGGGAUACCAGCCUGGAGAGUUGCACGCCAUGUUGGACAUUGGUAGCAAGAGUCACUAA